AACCGUCCUCCGCGCACAUUAGAACAUAAGCAGGCCGCAGUCCUCUCGAUACGCAUUUACGAUGUGCGCACGGGGUGUCAACACUGCAGACGACUGCAUUCUCGCCAUCUCGUCCUCUGCUUCCCGACACUGGUGUGUUAUCACCUGGUCUCGCUGCGCGGACCUCAAUUCACGGGUGCUCUCAUCGUCGACCACCUCGCCGUCUAGUCGGACUCGCCGUCUGCCAUUUUUGCCGCCCUGCAUUCGUCUCGUCGUCAUUCCUCGUCACCGCCCUAUGCUCACACAGCUCCACGGCCGUACCAGGCAUCUUUCCUUCUCGCCAACCCGUAGUCUUCGCGCCAUCUUUCGUUCCCGCAACACUGCACUCCUCCGCCGCCCCCUAGUCAUCGUGCCAUCUUUCCUUCUCGCCGCCCUGUACUCAUCUCGCCGCCCCGCGGUCUUCACGCCCGAAAGUUUAGCGAGUGUGAUCGGAGGCGCGUUUGUGGGAACCGCCAUGUCGUCCCGUGGAGGUGGACGGGGGAAGGGUGCCUUAAACCAGGUCAUGGAGGUCACGGCUCCCGCGAAAAAGGGACGCCAUCAAGCGAAGAAGCAGAGGAAGGUCGUCCACGGCGGGGCCGUAGGUAGUGCGCGAGACGAUAAUGAGGAGGUGGUGGAGGAGGAGGAGAUGAUGAACGAGGACGACGACUUAGAAGAGGAAGAGGAACAACCGCUAAAGAGGAAGCCGAGCGCGAGUUCCGGGGGGGGGAUAAGAAUCAACGAGGGGGGGGACGGGACACCUUCCGCACGGCGUGGCGGUGGGGGUGUCGCAGGUGGACACCCUGACUUUAUCGACAUUGAACGCGAUGUGCCACGGUGUGAGAUCGGUGGGCGUGUGAAGGAAGGGGCCACCGUGCAUGAAUCUGCCCAACGCGUGCAAACACCCUCGAAACGCCUCAAUACCCCGUCUGUAGACGUGGCGGGUAGUUCCCAACCGGUGGUCCAAGGUGGGGCAUUGCGAUCUCCUUCAGUGGUGCCACGCAGCGGCGCAGUCACGGCGGUGGGAAGGCGGGGGAAGUUCCGAACGUAGGGGAUGGCGGGGUGGUUGGGGAAGACGACGAGGCUCUGGUGCACAGGCU